AUGUCGCGUUCUCUUUUCACACCCUUCCGGCGGAAACCGCCGUACAUCUGCCCCCAAUGUCUCCACACCCGCAAACCUCUCCCUUCCCCAAUCCCCCGCCGCGCCUUCCACCUCUCCUCCCCCCGCGAACAGCAGUCUAGCAACCUCCUCGCCCUCCUCGAAACCCGCGGCUUCAUCCACCAAAUAGCCGGUGACCGCCACCUCCUCUCCACCCUGCUCUCUCGCCGUAAACUCCGCUUCUACGCCGGUGUAGACCCCACCGCCCCCUCGCUGCACCUCGGCCAUCUCCUCCCGCUCAUGCUCCUCUUCUGGCUCACGCUUCACGGUCACCAAGCCGUCUCGCUCGUCGGCGGCGCCACAGCGAGAGUAGGCGAUCCCAGCGGCCGGCUCACGGCUCGUGUGCAAACUGCAGCACACGUGCGGACAUCCGAUGCGAAGGCCAUGUUUGCGCAGACGGAGGCGUUGUGGAGGAAUGUGAGGGAGUGUGCGGCGCGGCGGGGGUGGAGGGAGGAGGAGAUGGGCGCGUACGAGGUGUUGGAUAAUGGACGUUGGUUGGAUGAAUUGGGAAUUCUGGACUUUUUGCAGACGAUGGGAAAUGGGAUGCGGCUUGGGGCGAUGUUGGGUCGGGAUACGGUGCGGAAUAAGAUGGAAAAGGGCGAUGGCAUGUCUUUCGCCGAAUUCACUUAUCCCCUCCUUCAGGCCUGGGAUUGGUGGCAUAUGUACAACACCCUCGGCGUCCAAGUGCAGAUUGGCGGAAGCGAUCAGUAUGGGAAUAUCGUGGCGGGAAUGGACGCCGUGCGCUAUAUUGCGCAGACCCAUCAGGACGCAGACACUCGAGCUCGCUGGCUGGAUGGGGAGGGAAGGUUGAAUGAAGACUUGGCUCCCAUGGGCCUGACUGUGCCGCUGUUGACAACGGCAAGUGGAGAGAAGUUUGGCAAGAGUGCUGGGAACGCCAUCUGGCUUGACCCAAGACUGACGUCCCCGUUUGAUCUCUACGGAUUCCUCCUGCGCUCCUCCGACGCCGACGUCGAGCGCUACCUCAACCUCUUCACCUUCCUCCCGACAGACAUCAUCGCAUCCACCAUGUCCGCACACAACCUCGACCCAGGCAAGCGGAAAGCCCAACAUCUGCUCGCAAGCGAAGUCCUCGAGCUCGUGCAUGGCCGAGACGAAGCGCUCAAGACUCGUGCGCAACAUGAAGCUCUUCGUAAUCCGACUUUGGCUUCGUUUUCAUCGCCCUCGUCGUCCGAUGCUUCGCAAGCAGAGACUUCCUCGAACGAAGCCUGGAUCCGCUUGCCGCAGUCUCUACUUCUGGGCGCUCCGUCUUACGCUCAUGUCUUGUUUCACGCGGGACUAGCACCAUCCAAGUCCGAGGGUGCGAGGAUGAUCGCCAAGGGAGGUGUCUACGUGGCAUCCUCCGAGGCGUAUGCGAACGUCGACAACGGUGAAAGACAACAGGAAGUCGUGUGGACGCAGAUCAAAGAUGCAAAGGCUGCGGUCGUCGACACGGCGCUCCUUAAUGGCUUGCUGAUGCUGCGGCUCGGCAAGUGGAAAGUGCGGGUAAUUCAGAUGGUGCCGGAUGAUCAGCAGGGUGUGGAUGCCGGUGUUGCGUCGUCUGCGCGAACGGCUCAAGGCUAG